GCCGCCGCUGGUCAUGGCGGCAGAUCUCGGCAAUCAUCGCACGCACAGAGCUCCCCGGCACCGUCAGCAGCAGGACGCAACGGAGCCGAUGAUUCUGACCGCGAGCGCCGCGGCGGCGGGCACAACGUUCUUCAAGCAUGGGCACUGCUCGGCCGGAGCCAACUGCUCGUUCUCGCACGACAUCAACGCAUUUGAAAACGGAUUUCGCCAAGUGACCGGCAGCUCGCGGCAGCCGCACAGCGGAACACCCAAAGAGACUGCCAGCCUCGGCAAGUCGUCUGGCAGCCGCCUCCCAGCGAGGGAAGGCAAGUCUGGGGCAGACCACGACGCCAAGCCCAAAAUCCGCACCAAACCUAACCCUGACAGCAGCAGCGAGGACAAAGCCGCCAACAGCUCGACGCGCAGCAGCAGCACUAGCGUCAAGACAGACGACGAGCACAGCACCAGCGCCGAUGACGUCGCGCCGAUGCGCAAGAGUUCGGUGGGCUCGUCGUCGCUGGGCCAGAGCGUCGGCAGGCUGGGCCAGAGCGCUGGUUUGCUCCGAAAGGACCACCCGGCGACGCGGGUCGACUCUGGGGUGGCCGAGUUUGCCAGCGGCGAUGACCACUUCGAUCCUGCGUCGUUCUUCCAUUCGCGCGACCAAAGCCCAUCGUCGCUGUUUGCGUCACCGUCGCUGGGCGGAGACACCGGUGAGGCUGGCAUCGGAAUUAGCAUCACCCACAGCUACGCCGGGCUUGGGUCGGUGGGCAGCCCGCUCAACCCGCGCUCUCAGCCCAUCCCCAAGCCGCGGCUGGGCAGCAGGCGCACUGGCGGCAGCGACCACCUGUCUCCGAUUCAGACGGGGCUCAGCCCACAGGACAGCACGCUGAUUGACAAGCUGUCCAUCUCCCACUCGGUCAACCAGAACUCGCUGUCGGGCUCGCCGUUCCUGUCCAGCUCCAUUCCGCUGCUCGACCAAUUCAGAGAGUCAAGCCUCAGCGCGAGGGACUCGCCUGGUAUGCACCCAUUUGCCCGUAGCCCCGUGCCCAAUAGUGGCAUUGAGUUGACACGCCAUGCAUUCACCAGCGUAGAUGCGGCGGGGAUUGCCAGUGCAGAGGAUACAGCCGGCUCGCUGCGGUCGGGCCACCACCACAUCCACCACCAGCACCACCACAUUUCCUACCUACAAUCCGUGUCGUCGCUAAAUGCCGGCGGCGAUAGCCAUGACAGCUCCCGUGACGGCACCCCGGCAGUGAAUCCGAUUGGCAGCUCGCGUACCACGGCCAUGCGUGGCGGAGUAUCGGAUGUAAUCGGCCGGUCAGUGCGCUCGUCGAGUCUAAUAGGCGAGAAACGCAGUCCGCUGGCCACGCAGUCCGCAGGUGACUUCCUCGAUCGCCCAGCCCCACACCCGCUGUUCCCGGCAUCGCUCGCCAGCCCCAUCUCGCCCCUGACCGCGUCCACCAACGGCUUCUCGUCUCUGUCCAGCCGCCAGCGAUCAAACACGCAGAUUCCUGCCGCAUCGGACAGCGUCCAGGCGCACGACUACUCGUCGCUGCUUGGUAUGCACUCGCUGCCGAACGAGUCCGCGUUUUUGCCGUUCGCCUAUGGCAACCGCCUAGCGGACUCGCCGGGGCCCCACUCUGCCAUCGACACAGGCCUGGGAUAUGGCAGUGGCAGAUCGUUCAAUGACCCGUACACCUCGUUUGGAGGACUGGCGCUAUCGUCAUCGCAGCGCAACAGCACAAGCUACACUCCACAAGGUAGCAAGGGCGGCCAGCAGCUGUUUAGCACUGGGUUCUGGAACACGUCAGGAGCAGGCAUCGAACCAGGCCAGCGGUCACCAGCGGUGGUCGCUAUUUCUCAUCUGCGCAAAUGGCGCCGGGCACGCCUACAUCGGCUAUCGACAGCCCGUUUAGUCUUGGUCAGCGCCACACUGCAAGGGCUCACCAGCACACAACCAUCGGUGCGGCUGCACUUGACUACACUAGCAGCGUUAAUCAGUCCAGGCGGCAUGGCUACGCGCGGGUCGAACUCGUCGACAUCCAUCUCGAAUGCUACAGGGCGCAGCAGCCGCAACGGGUCGUCGGCUGCGUCGGAUGCCGAUGGCAACGACCCGUUUGAGCUGGAGGCAGAGAACCCUGGGCGCCCGCUGUUAAACGGUGACGCAAAUGUUGCGCCUAAGCCGGCGUUUAUCUCACGGCAGGUAUUUGCACACAAGUUCUCUGGCCUCUCGGUUGACCAGCUCAAUCAGCAGCAAAAGGGCGAUGCAGUGUCCGCUAUUGCCCAGCCGCCUGCAAACUGAGAGAUGCGGCCUUGCUCCAAAAGAACAAAACAAAAAGUAUCGGGAAUGUGCACCGGGAAAGACCAAGCCGAGGUUGCCGAUAUCCUCGCACUCUUCUACCCGGUUGGAACCUGCCUGAAAACAACCCAUUUAAAAAAAUUAAGCACUUCCUUGGCGUUUAGCUUAGCCAUUAGCUUGCUUUUCUAUUUUUGAUCCUUUUGCCGCGGUUGCUUUCGCAACCCUAUUUCUACCUCUCUAAACCUCUUUCAUUUCCUCUUUUCUACGGGAACCAAAAAUUAAAAUCUAUGGAUUUAUAUAAUGUUGCAGUUUGGAGUAUUGGUAUACGAGAUGCACGGUAAUCGAGCGUGUACACUCAACCACCCAUUCCG